GAUUUAAUCAUCACAUUUGAGAACUUUGAGACUCAAAUGUUUUUUUGAUCAGGGAAACUUAAUUUACAGCUUAUUCACAAAGGUUUAUAAUCGGCAUAUACAAACUAAAAAGGGAAGUAAAACAUUGCUUUCACGACCUUUUGUAUGUAUGAAUUUCGGACUUAGACUUGAAUAUGUUCUAAAUUACUCUUCAUCUUUAUGGCUUAAAUUCUAUAUGCUACAAGAGCUUAUUAUAUGGGAACGACUCGUGUACUCAGAGGACAAUGAAUGGAUUUGAAGUGUUUUAUUUUUCUUUAAGGAUAUUUUAACAUGAUUUUCAUUUUGUUCCUAAUUGGCUUGUUUGGAGGCUAUGUAACUUGUAAACAGGAUGGUGUCCAUCUGACUUGCAAUGGCGACUCGAUGGUAGUUAGACUCGACGCAAGCCGUCUACUCGAAGAUACAGCAUCACCAUUCUCCGUUCACUUCAUUGAUCUUUCGUGCAAAGAAGAAAGUCAUGGCGCCAACACCGUUACUAUAGCAACACCUUACAACAAUUGCGGAACAUUUAAGCAGGUUAAAGAUGCAAGUAUUGUAUACUCAAAUCAAAUUUACUUCCAAUCAACUAACGGAGAAAACCUGGAUAUUCUCGUAGAAUGCGAGAUUGUUCGACGAGAUUUCACAGUCGGUGUCAUGUCCUCGUCAUCGAUCAACGAUCUAUCGACAUCAAACGACAACGUCAACGACACCAUCAGUGAACCCCAAAUUGGAUAUGGAGCGUUUUACAUUACGAUGGAACGAUAUACCGAUGCGAAUUUUAAAGACAAAUAUUCAAAUUCAGACAGCAGUCUAGGCAUGGACCAAGACCUAUUCUUUGAAGUAGAACUAAGGGAUGUCGGAGAUUUGAGGCUUAAUUUAGAAUCCUGCUGGGCCACUGUCGAAUCAGCGUCGGAUUCUCAACCUCAGUAUGAAUUUAUUUCCAAUGGCUGUAAAGUGGAUGAGACUGUGGUGUUUUAUAACGAUCCUACCUCCCCUGCCAUUCAACGAUACUCAUUCCGUUCUUUUGCUUUCAGAGGCUACAACCCAGAGGUGUACAUACAUUGCAAAGUUUUCGUUUGUGACGUAGAGAGCUCAGAGUGUAUCCCAUCAUGCAACAGUUCGAGACGGAGAAGAAAUGCGAAUGAGAAGAGCAUCACUGCAAGAGAUAUCAGAACUUAUCAACAUCGGUCAAAUCGUCAUUAAUCAAUAUCUUUACGAAUUGAUUUGGAAUAAAUUAAUGUAAUGAAUACAAUUCCCCAAAAAAUAUAUUUUAUCAGUUACUCUCUAAAUGCAAAAGAGCUAUCUGGUCCCUACUCACGCUCUUCUCAGAGUGAGAAGAACUCACUAAUUUACGAGUGAGAUUUGCAUUAUUCUAUAGUGGAUUUUACCACUUUUUCAUAAGUUUCAUAAGGGUUCAUAAGGUAGUAUUUAUUGUCUAAAUAACUAAAUAAAUGGAAAUGUGCAUUUUUACAUUGUAUUGAACAUACAAAACACAUCAUAGAAAAUGAACAUAUUUACAAAAAGUCAAACACUGACAUAUUACAAACGAAUAUACACGUGCAUAUGAUUUUAGAACGUUUUGUGUAAUUAAAUUGACAUUAAAAUUAAGAUUGAAAUUGGAAUUGGCAUUGGAAUUGGAUCUGUAACUAAUAUUGUAAAUUGAAAAGGAGUGAACUAGAUUAGAGUAAAUUACGAAUCGACAAGGAUGUAGCUUCUUGUCAAAAAUUUGAUGUAUUGACCUGUGUAUAGACCACACCUGUCAUUUCAUUCCUGUGUUAAAUUAUAGUGUUAUUUCAACACACUCAGGGGCGGAUCUAGGAUUUUCAAAUGGGGGGGGGGGGGAGACGCAAUUUCCCGACAAAAAUUUGACAAGCAAAAAAAAGAAAAAAGAAGGUUAUCAAGCAAUUAAAAUUGGAGGUCACUUCGUCCACGUAAAAUUUGACAAGCCAGAAAAAGGGUCCUCAUCUGUGUAGGGACGACACAUUCCUAUAAAAAAAUAUGCUGUAACUUUCAAAAUGGGGGGGGGGGGGCGUACUCGUGUAAAAACGGCAUAUUUACAUUAAAAAUAUUGACUAUGUCUCUCAAAGGGGGGGGGGGGCACGGGUCAGAUUUGCCCCCCUCUGGAUCCGCCACUGACACUUGGGUGUUUUUACAACAUGUCCAUCUGGGCCCCGUUGCAAAAAAAGUUACUAUUAUGGUAACUCUGCCAUACAAUGGUAACUACCAUGGUAACGCUGAUCAACAACCAGUCUUUGGUGUUGUGUUGAAUCUCAGGGUGUUAUCAUAACACAUCAGGGUGUAAUCUUCUAGGGACACUAUGCUUUACAAAACAUAUGUUACUGUAAAACUAUUUGGUGUCAUGUUCAGUCUCUCGGGUGUAAUUUAACACCCCAUGGUGUGGUCGUCUAUAUAUAUAGAGACACCUAUUGGUGUCACUAUUAACACCGCAGUUCUUACAGUGUAUAGCUUAGUAAUUGAUUUAUACAUAUAUCCUUUGUAUCUAUAUCAAUCAAUUUCCAAUUUCUAUUUAACUGUAUAGGUUUAACAUCUAAGCUGUUUCUGAAUUUAGUACAGUGUUUUUACUAAAUUGACAAAUUUUGAAAUCUCAUUUUUUUAAAACAUUAAUGGGCAGGAAAUCCCAGGAUGAUUAUUAUUCUGUCAUAUAAUCAAUAUUAUUAAUGUACGAUUAAGUGAUUGAUGAUGAUAACUGACCAUAGAUAGAACCUAGUUAUUCAUGUUAUUUGAAGGCUGAAGCAAACCCUUUCUUUUUAUAUUGUUUACAUACUGUUUUCAUAGUCAGCUUAAUGAGUAUUAUUUGAGUUACAAUUAGUCAAUAAUUGAUUUCAGUUUCACUCGGAAAUCAAUACCCCGAAUGGACUAAAUGUUCUAAAUUAAAUAAGAAGUUAGAGAAUAUUUGAGUUCGGUCAAUUAUUUCCCCCAUUAGCAUGAUUAGUCAACAUCAGUGUAUGCUUGAAACCUUUUUUUUUUUGGGGGGGGGGGCAUGGACCCCAAGCCGCCCCAUGUACGCCAACGAUGACAUCGCAUGAUAUAAUACACGGAAGUAUAGGCCUAAUAAUUUAAAAAGUUGGGGGUAAAGUCAAAAGUAAAAGAUUUAAUUUUCGUGUAAAAAAAAGGUUCAGCUAUUACUUAA